UAUUCUUCAUUCUGCAGCAGUACUUUCCCAAUCAUGAAGAGUCCUCUUCCUUACCUGGGCUGGGUUAGAGCAGCAAGCUUGUUCCUGUGCAUGACCCAGACUGUCCUGGCUAUGGUGCUCACCAACUCCACACGUCUUGAGUCCAUCCUGGACAAAUACAGGGAGAAGGAUGAGGAGUGGUGGAGGGCGAGGCCGAGAGGGAAGAGGGCCAUCAGCGAGGGAGACAUGCACCUCAUUCUGGAUCUGCACAACAAGCUGCGUGGUCAGGUCCACCCUCCUGCCUCCAACAUGGAGUACAUGGUAUGGGAUUAUGAGCUAGAGAGGAGCGCAGAGUACUGGGCACAUACCUGCCGAUGGGAACAUGGACCGAGCCACAUGUUGACACAAAUAGGCCAAAACCUUGGAGCGCACUGGGGCAGGGACCGUCCUCCUACCUACCAUGUCCAGGCCUGGUAUGAUGAGGUGAGAUACUACAGUUAUCCCUACUCCCAGGAGUGUAACCCACACUGCCCAUUCAGAUGUUCAGGACCUGUAUGCACUCACUACACUCAGUUGGUGUGGGCAACUAGUAACCGCAUUGGGUGUGCCAUCAAUGUGUGUUACAACAUGAAUGUGUGGGGAAUGAUCUGGGCCAAAGCUGUUUAUCUCGUCUGCAACUACUCUCCACCGGGGAACUGGUGGGGUCAUGCUCCAUAUAAAUAUGGAGCUCCAUGCUCUGCCUGUCCAGCCAGCUAUGCCGGAGGCUGCAGGGAUAACCUCUGCUACAAAGACGGGGGUGUGGACAGGCGUCCACCUCCUGAGAUUGAAGAAAGCAACUACAUCGAACCUGAACCCGAACCGGUAAGGGACAGAGAGCCCCAGCCCAGGGCCCAGUCACCAGACCCGUCACCCAAUGACAACCUAGAGAGAGACCAGGUUGUCAGCACAGAGCAGAUGUGCCAACAGGUUGAAUGUGACAUAAAACUGAGAGAUCAGUGCAAGGGAACAACCUGUAACAGAUAUGAGUGUCCACCUGGCUGCCUUGACAGGUCUGGAAAAGUAGUUGGGACUGGAUAUUAUGACAUGCAAUCCAGUGUGUGUGGAGCUGCUUUACACUCUGGUGUUAUUGACAAUGAUGGAGGAUGGCUGGAUGUGACCAGACUGGGCAGAAAACAGCAGUUCACCAAAUCAUACAAGAAUGGUAUUCAAUCAAUUGGGAAAAACAGGAGUGCAAAUUCUUUCAAAGUAGAGUCAGUUCCUGUCAAGGCAGUAACAUGUGAUACCACCGUGGCACUUUUCUGCCCUUUCAAGAAACCUGUGCGUCACUGUCCCAGGUUGUAUUGUCCCAGGAACUGCUUGCGUGACAGUCGAGUCCGAGUCAUUGGGACGAAGUAUUACUCAGAUAAAUCCGGUAUCUGUAGAGCGGCCAUCCAUGCUGGAGUGAUCCAGAAUGAGUCUGGAGGUUACCUUGAUGUGAUGCCAGUGGACAAAAGGAGGCAGUACAGUGGCAGUUACCAGAAUGGCAUCACCUCAGAGAGCCUACUGAACCCAACAGGAGGAAAAGCCUUCAGAGUGUUUGCAGUCAUCUGAAAAACCACUCUCAAAGGGCAGAGUACCGUCAAACAUGGCCACUUCACAUCUAGCAUACCCACUCAUUAUCAUCUGACAACCUGCAAUUACAUUCACUCCUGCAGUAAAUAAUUUAACUUUUCAGCCUCUGACACUAAAAGUGUAACAUGACUUUUAUCAAGGCUUCCCUUUUAAGUUUGGUCAUGAUUCCAGAGAUAGCUUAGCAAGUUUGGUAAAUGAUGGUCUUGGAUGUCUUUUGCCUUACGUCUUUCUAAAUCUGACCAUAAUAAUCACAUUGGGCUGUUAUGCAUCUUUUGCUGACAUGAUAUCAUGACAUCCAUGACAUCAUGUUUUUUAACACUUAAACUUGAAUAUACUGUACGCCACCAGAUUUAGCACCACUCCAGCUGCCUCCCAUGAUUUCAUGAUGUGAAGGUCUCUAAGGAGGGCCAAACCAGACGUUAAGUAAAAGUACAAAUAAGUCAGAAUUAAAUAGAUAAAUAAAUCAAUCCCAACUGAUCCAUGUUUUAUUACACCAGCAAGCAGGAUUUCUUUUUUCCAUGUGCAGAAUUAAUCAUUUAUUUUUAAAAGGGUUGUUUUUUGUUGGGUGUGAUCUGACUUAUUAUAUCCCUAAUAUGGAGAACAAUUUAUUUUCCCUUCAGUAUGCAAACUACUAAAGCUUCAAACUGUCCCAUAUUGUGCUAAAAACUGAGCUAAGAGACUGAGGCUAAAGCUGCAUUUCCCCAAAAAGUCAGCAUUCUCACCAGGUGAUGAUCUGUGCAGAGGGCAUGGAAAAUACAGUAUUGCUCCCGUAUUGCAGUGUUAGCUAAUUAGUCCUAGUAUUAUGCACAUGAUAAGGAAAAUAUGAGACUGUUUGUUCCUGACUCCUCAUUCUAACAUUACCCUGUUUGAUUGCUUAGCUCACAUACAAUAUUUGAUCAUAUUUUAGAACAAUGUUUUCACUUUUAAUGUUACAGGAGAUUAGGCUAUGAGGAUGAGGAGGUGCCUGGAUGUUGAGUAUUAUUUUCCUGUAUACCGGGUACAGACCUCUGAAUGUUUGGAGUAUUUUGAGUUUUUGAGUAUUGAGUGUUUCAGGCCACAAGAGUGCAAAGCAUAUUAGGCAAAAACCUAGUAUAUGGCUGGAAUGAAAUUGUGAAAUCCUACCGCACAGUGGAGUGUCUCUCCUGCUGGGCUGCUGACAGUGUUGUCAGCUAGUGUUAACUUGACAUAACACUGGUUGUUUCCGCUUUAGCUGUGUGGAGCUGUUGAGUACUGGAGCAGGCAAAUAGAAACGAGUUGCAGUCCUUGAUGAAGUAAUAGAAACUGCUUGCUCCAAAUCACUGUGAUAGAAUGACAGCCGAUGUGAAAAGUCCCAAAAGCCAGCCAGUCAAUAGUGUAACUGGCCAUCCAACCCACUCAGUCAGUCAUGAACAUAGGGCUGGCCCUGCUGUUGCAGUCCAGCCAACAAUAUGCUUCAUUAUCCUCUGAAUACAUGAAGCUGUAGGCUCUCUGUGGGCCUGAAGUUGUAAUGCGCUUAUUUAUAUAGCUGGUAAUUAGUGUGGUAACAAAAGGCGAGUAGGUGGGAAAAAUGAAAAUGGAGGUCACUGUUGGACUUGAGGGCAAGCAUAUGGCUAUUUCAUGGCUGUACGUACCAGUAUAAGCAAACAUACCAGUUUCAAACACACAAACAUACCAGUAGAAACUAUUCUGUUGUUUCUUUUUGGCCAGCACAACUCAUAAGUAACAUGAUGUUACAACUGUUGCUAGUAAUCUGUGAUCUUUGUAUACAGAGUAAUUCAUGUGCAUGGAUUUGUAACCUGGUGGAUGCAAUUGCCAUUGAAAUGUUGUGUGGGUAUGAAUCAGAGUACUGUGGUUGCAGAUUGCAAAACUGUGCACAUGGUCUAUAGGUAUUUUGGAAAAAAAUAUGCAAGUUGCAAAAGUAAGAUUGGACACUUGCUGAUAGGGGAUAUGUUUAGCGAGAGGCCAAUUCCUGGGGAAACGUUUCUGGUAUACCUACUCAUCUAAGCUGUCUAGCAGCAGCAUGUGUGUCAGGAGAUAGAAUUACAUGUCGUGUUUCUGUUUUUAUUAUGAUAAAUCAUGCCAUUCACACAAGUAGCAGUUUAUUUUAUGUAUUUAAAUUGAAGUCUGGUUUGGGCCUCCCUGUAUCUUCCCUUUUAAUCACAGAGGUAAUAGCAAUAACAGCAUAGCAACAAUGCAGGCAGUAAAAUGUAUAUUUCUGUACAUAAUAAUGUUGUAAAUAAUGCUGAACACUAUGCAUGUAUAUGAAAUGCGUGCUACUGUUGCCUUUUUCAUUUAUAUUUCUAACACAUCACCAGCAAUACAAAUAAAACAAGCUAAAAAUAAUAGAUGGUAAAACAGCUUCUGCAUGCAAAACAUGUUUAUCAUUUAACCUUUUAAUUUUAUAAAGGACAGAUUCUACCAUCAUUUCAUUGAAUUCAUAUAUUUGUAAAUAUUAUGUAUGUAACAUAUUGUUUUAUGCUGCAUUUCCCAGCUUAUGUUUACAGAUUUAUAUAAAUGGACCCUGGCUGGCCAGGAAUGUG